AUGAGCCACGACGGCGAUACCAAUAUGUAUGAGAAUGUGCCGGAGGAGAUAAGAAAUGCGGAAGUGUCUGAGAUCCAGAUGCGGAAGCGCAUGUUGGAAAAUGAAAUCCGCAUGAUGAGAUCAGAAUUCAUGCGGCUGGAACACGACGACGCUGUCACCCGAGAGCGCAUCACGGACAAUACAGAGAAGAUUUCCCAAAACAAGGUGCUGCCUUACCUUGUGGGAAAUGUAGUGGAAAUUUUGGACAUUGAUCCUGAUAUUGACGAAGACUCGGAAGACGCCAAGGCACAGGCCGAGUCGGUCGGUCGUCCCAAACCUGGCAAGUGCGCUGUGAUCAAGACAUCGACACGCCAAACUAUCUUCCUGCCGCUCAUUGGUCUUGUACCAGCAGAUCAGCUAGAGCCAGGUGACUUGAUUGGUGUCAACAAGGACAGCUACCUCAUCCUGGACAAAUUGCCAUCAGAAUACGAUUCUCGUGUAAAGGCCAUGGAAGUCGAUGAACGACCCACAGAAACAUAUACGGACAUUGGUGGUCUCGACAAGCAGAUCGAAGAGCUCGUCGAAGCCAUCGUACUUCCCAUGCAACAGGAGCAAAAAUUCAAAAACCUUGGUAUCAAGCCACCGAAAGGCGCCCUUAUGUAUGGCCCUCCCGGUACUGGCAAAACGCUCUUGGCUCGAGCCUGCGCUGCACAAACGAAUGCAUGCUACCUCAAGCUGGCAGGUCCAUCUCUUGUGCAAAUGUUUAUCGGUGACGGUGCCAAGCUCGUACGCGAUGCAUUCGAGCUCGCAAAGGAAAAAUCUCCUGCCAUUAUCUUUAUCGACGAAAUCGAUGCCAUUGGAACCAAGCGAUUCGACUCGGACAAAUCAGGCGAUCGUGAAGUCCAGCGCACCAUGCUUGAGCUGUUGAACCAGCUCGAUGGUUUCUCUAGUGAGGCCAAUAUCAAGGUGAUUGCUGCUACGAACCGUAUCGAUAUCCUUGACCCUGCCCUGCUUCGGUCCGGUCGUCUUGACCGUAAAAUCGAGUUUCCCCUACCUAAUGAAGAAUCCCGCGCCAGGAUUAUGGAAAUUCACAGCCGCAAGAUGGCUGUGGGCCCUAACGUGAACUUUGCCGAACUAGCGCGCUCUACAGACGAGAUGAAUGGUGCUCAGCUAAAGGCCGUGUGCGUAGAAGCAGGCAUGAUUGCACUUCGAGAAGGCGCUACGGAGUUGGAUCACGAGCACUUCCUUGGUGGUAUUCUCGAGGUGCAGGCACUAAAGAAGUCUGAUCACUUCUACUACGCAUAG